AUGAAGGGAACAGCCCUCUGCACGCGUUGCGAGGUGUCUGCCGUAUCAGCGUGGAACGUCAGAAUCCUUAUGGACGUUGCAAGCCAUGCGAUCACUAUCCACACCCUUUCUAAAUAUUGUGUGGAUAUCGCUUGCUCAUCGGAAGUCCGUCUUCCUAUUUUCGGUCUCGCAUAUUCUCGGUCUCGCAGUAUUAUUAAUCCUGGUUCAGAACAAAAGUACUGGCUAUAUGACUGUGGUGGUUCGAAUAACUUGGGGCGAAAUGGCGUAGCGAUUGUCAUGUCCGACAAGGCCCAUUCCGCUUUGAUUGAGUGGAAACUGACCGUAUGGCCUACCCCCCGUUUUAAAGAUAAGUUCUAUGCGGAACUUCAACUGCUAACAAGGCCUCUACGGAAACAUGAUAUGGUCAUAAUCGGUGGAGACUGGAAUGCGUGCGUAGGUCACAAUGCCGCUGCAAUGACCUUGGCAAUUGGUAAAUAUGCCAUCGCAGACCGGUGCUGCAAUGGGGAACGCUUUCUUCAUUGUGCCAAAGAGCAUUAUCUUUUCGUUACAAAUACUUGCUUCCGGCAUCAUAGAAAGCAUCUAAUCAUGUAA